AUGGAUUCAGACAAUGAUUCCGGUAAUUCUAAUGAUGGUCCAAUACAUCGUCGUCGUACGCAAGGUACACGCCCACCGCAACCAACGUCACAUCAAAAUAAUUCCAUGCAACGAAUAUCAACUAGCAGUACCAAUGUUGACCGUACAUAUCAUCCAACAAAAGAUGAUGGACCAUAUUCUGACGAUGAUGAUUUAGACGAAGACGAUGAAGAUGAAGAUGAUCAACGUCAUCAGCAAUCAACUUAUCGUGGUCGUGGUCGACCAUCACAACAGCAACAUUUGAUGGAUAGUUCAUAUGACGAUGGGAAUGAUCAACAUGAUUUACCACGAUAUACAGGUCCAUUACGUGAACAAGAUCGAUUUCUACCAAUUGCAAAUGUUGCGAAGAUAAUGAAAAAAGGUGUACCUGAAAAAGGAAAAAUUGCUAAAGAUGCAAAAGAGACUAUACAAGAAUGUGUCUCGGAAUUCAUAUCAUUUGUUACAAGUGAAGCAUCUGAUCGAUGUCUGCAAGAAAAACGAAAAACAAUUAACGGCGAAGAUAUUAUAUUGGCUAUGUUAACGCUUGGUUUUGAUUCAUAUGUUGAACCAUUAAGAACAUUUUUAACAAAAGUACGCGAUGCAUCAAAAUAUGAUCGUACAAUGACAAUGGGCGGUGAGUUGAGUGAUGAUUUACGUAUACAAGUUGCUCAAGCACAAGUUAAUCAAACAUCUGGACCAAUGGUUCAAGCACAAGUUGCUACAACUGUUCAAGUACAACCACAAGCGACAGGAGCUGCAGUUUCACUAUCUGGUCAGGCAAUAGCUGCUAAACCAACUGGUGCAACAGCUAAUCCUAAUGGACUCGAGCCUUAUGGACAUUCGGUUCGUGUUGUAACUUGUAUUCGAAAUGAUCAACCAGGUGAAAAUCCAAAUUAUGUGUAUACAAUUCAACCGUAUCAAUAA